GGCUCCCCCGAGUCCCCGUAGGCCGUAAUAAUACGUUAGAUUUGAAAUUAGGGUGAAUACUGAAUACGAACUGAGCAGAGUCUCAAUUUGAAUUGCCGAAGUAGUGUCCAGUCACUCAUACCUUUUCUCGCUCUCUCGUCUAGAGAGAGAAAACCAAAAAAAUGAUCGGAAAAAGAUCUGGUGCGCCGGCAAAACAUCAUCAGAGACAAUUCUCCGAUAACUUGUUUGAAACCACUUCAUCGUCGGCGUCAAAUAACCGGUGGCUUCAAACCGCCGGUCUACAACAUCUACAAUCUUCCAAUCCUGCUGCCACACAGGAUUAUGGAUUUUACGGUGGAGGAGGAAAUUCGCCUUUGACUCCGCCGGGAAAUUCGAAAGUUGGGAAUAAUUACGGAGGUGAUGAGCCUAGUGAGUUCAGUCCUGGUCUAUUGGAUCUGCACGCUUUCGAUACUGAACUUAUUCCUGAGAUUCCUAUUCCUGCAAUGGUAGAUGCUCCUGCUAUGUAUCGUUCUUCACACGGUCAAAGUUCUGAUAAGUCUGAGCCAUACUAUGGAGCCAGUAAACUUAAUAUAAAAGAUCGUGGUUUUCCGGAGAACAAUGCUUUUAAGUCUUUUGUACCUGAUAAAGAGAAGGCUAGCAAUGUGGCAAAGAUUAAAGUUGUGGUUCGAAAGAGACCACUUAACAAAAAGGAGCUCGUUAAAAAUGAGGAAGACAUCGUAACUAUAGAGUCACAAUUGAAUUUCUUAACAGUUCAUGAGACUAAACUUAAGGUUGACUUAACCGAGUAUGUGGAAAAGCAUGAAUUUGUUUUUGAUGCAGUGCUCAAUGAGGAGGUUUCAAAUGAUGAAGUUUAUUUUGAAACCGUGGAGCCUAUAGUUCCAAUAAUAUUUGAGCGGACGAAAGCAACUUGCUUCGCAUAUGGGCAAACAGGGAGUGGAAAGACUUUUACAAUGAAGCCAUUGCCACUCAAGGCAUCCAAAGAUAUAUUAAGAUUGAUGCACCAUACAUACCGGAAUCAAGGAUUUCAAUUGUUUUUUAGUUUUUUUGAGAUUUAUGGAGGAAAACUUUAUGACCUCCUUAAUGAUCGGAAGAAACUUUGCAUGCGGGAGGAUGGUAGUAAACAAGUUUGCAUUGUGGGUUUGCAAGAAUACAAAGUAUCAGAUGUGGAGACAAUCAAGGAGCUCAUUGAGCGAGGCAAUGCUACUAGAAGUACUGGCACUACAGGCGCAAACGAGGAAUCUUCCCGGUCACAUGCCAUACUCCAACUUGUUGUGAAGAGGUCAGCAGAUGGGAGUGACUCUAAGCCAGCCAGAGUUGUCGGCAAACUCUCCUUCAUAGAUCUUGCUGGAAGUGAACGUGGAGCUGAUACUACAGAUAACGACAAGCAGACAAGAAUGGAAGGUGCUGAGAUCAAUAAAAGCUUGCUUGCACUAAAAGAAUGUAUUCGAGCUCUUGACAAUGACCAAGGUCAUAUUCCAUUUAGAGGCAGUAAAUUAACUGAAGUACUUAGGGAUUCAUUUGUUGGAAACUCUCGGACUGUCAUGAUAUCAUGCAUCUCACCAAAUGCUGGAUCGUGUGAACAUACUCUUAACACCUUACGAUAUGCUGACAGGGUGAAGAGUCUGUCAAAAGGGAACAAGAAAGAUACCUUAUCUUCAAUAGUAAACCUGAGGGAAUCAACCACCAUGCUGUUAUCAUCUUCUUUACCUCGGGUGUCAACAUAUGAAAGUGACAUAGCUGAUUCAUGGCCUGAACAAGCUGAUGGCAAGGUUUAUGAUGCACCAGAGGACUUCUAUGAGCCAGAGAAACCAGUAUGGAAAAAAAGUAUGAAACCCGAAGCAUCCUAUGCUACAGAAGAUAAAAUGAGGAGACUGAGUGACCAGACAAAACUGAAAAAUCCGUUAAAAAUUGAUUCAAAAAUCUCACACCCUGAUGAUCAUUUGAAUGCUCUACUAAAGGAAGAGGAAGACCUUGUAAAUGCUCAUAGGAAACAAGUGGAGGACACUAUGGAUAUUGUCAGAGAGGAGAUGAAUUUGUUGGUCGAGGCUGAUCAACCAGGAAAUCAGCUGGAUGACUAUGUUUUCAGGUUGAAUGCAAUUCUUUCUCAGAAGGCAGAAGGCAUCCUACAAUUGCAAAGCCGUCUAGCUCAGUUUCAAAGACAUCUAAGAGAACAUAAUGUCCUGGUUUCUAAAACUUGAUUAAAAUGUAUAUCGAGUAGCCAGGAUAUUGCAGAUUCUUAUUGGUGGAAACAAGUUUGUUUAUGGAAGAAUUUGACUGCUGGGAAUGUUCUGUAUUGCAGUCUGGAGGUUCAGGAACUGGAGAAUUAUUUCAAAGUUUUUUUGGGCCUGCUUCUGUACUUGUAUGAUAUUAGAAACCAAUGAGCUCCACAGUUGAUCAGUUAAUCAGGGGUAUGAAAUACUAGUUGGGGGCAGUGUACAUUAUCGACCAUGAAUAUCUGCUUCCCUCUCUCUCGCCUUCUCGUUGGAGAAAAUGGAGAAGGCAAACAAUGGAUAUACAUGGUUGUGACUUGUGAGCCGUGAGGCAUGGCAUGUAAAAAAUCUGCAGCGAUAUAUUGUUCAGAUAAAGAACUUGUUACUUUCUUAAUAAAGUGAAUUGAACUA